AUGGAUGAAGUGAUGAGACAAAAUGCUGCGCACCACCAAGAAGCGGAUAAUCCCGUUAAACGUGAGCUAACGUGCAGUGUACACUUUACCAACCCCAAAUUUAAGCCAGAAUCGUCUCUUUCAUCCGAUGAUGAACUCGGCUCGGUAACACGUCUGGUAUCGAAGCCCGAGGAUUUGGAGUUGGAGCACGUCUUUAAACGUACUGCUAAGCCGGGCGCUUUGGUGUACGCAACAAAUCGUUCGCUUCUCUCCAUUGGCUAUGACUUCGAGGAAGCGCGUGACUGGUUGACCGCCGAGCAACCGCAGAAGGAGCAGUUGACAAAGGUGCUGCGCUAUAUGAUGGAAACACACUCGAAGGCGACGGUCCAAAUAGAUAUCAACAAAAUGUACUUCAACUGCCACUUGGCCGUCUUGCAAGUAUAUUCAAAGUUUUUUAUGGAAUUAGAACAAACCCCAGUGGUGAUCACGCUGCCUGAGGACAAAGUGUCGCAGAAGGCUUUCAUGCUCAUUUACAAGUGGAUGCUUAGCGAUGAGCCAUACCUAGAGCGCAAGGACAUCUUGAAUGUGUUUGUAGCAGCGUCAUAUUUGCGAGUGGAUGACCUCCUUUCCCAUUGCUGGAUGUACUUCGACGAUGAGAGUUGUUUUAACGAGGAAACAGCAUGCAUUUUAUAUCUGGAUACUCAGUGCAAUCCGGCACUGGACGUUGUCCGCAAUGUUAUGUUAACGCGCAUACAUAAAUUUCUUCUGACAUUUGUAGCAACGCGCGAUUUUCUUAAUCUCCCUGUUAAACAUCUCCUGUAUUUGUUAAGUUCGAAUACCAUAUGUGUUAAUACUGAAGUUGAGAUUCUUUUCAUAGCCGUUCGUUGGCUGAGCCACGACUGGGCUUUGAGACGAGUGCACCUGCUUAAGUUGAUUACCUGCGUGCGUUUCAGUUUAAUGCCGCUGUGGUAUCUUUUAUGCGUACGCCAGCAAGAGCCGUAUAAGCUGUUAAACGAGAUCGUCAAUUUUUCCGAUGUUGAUGAAAUGAUCAACGAGGCUAUUGCAUCUAUAACAAGCACUAUUUACGAUAGUCAAUUGGAAGGCAAACGUGUUGAUCAUGCUAGUCUUUUGAAAGGAAGCAACAAACGUAUGUGGAUUCGCGAUCAGGCAUGUCCUUACUAUCACCGCGUUGGAUGUCCAAAUACCCGUGAUAUACGAUACGCGCAUUUUGUGACCUAUUUAAAAGCCUUACAGCAACAGCCAAACGAUUCAUUUGCGAAUGUUCAGUUUCUUGAUCUAGACGACGAUAGCGAAUGCUGUAAUGGCGUCAGAUUAAUUUAA